AUGACCGAUUGCGGAAACCCGGCCGCUGAACAGGAUGCCCUUAUGACUCGCAAGCGAAAGUACGACAAAGCCAAGAUAUGCGUUAAGUGCAAGUCGAAGCCCGGGAACGCAGUUUUCCGCCAUGCGGUCUAUUGCAAAGACUGUUUCGUUCCCCACGUAUGGUACAAAUUUGGGAAAGCUCUGGAACCGUACAUCAAUCCUGGUCCGCACGGUCCACGCAAGAAGUCCCUCAACCCCACCGGUAACCUAUGCAUCGGGUACUCUGGAGGGAUGGGCUCUACGGUUCUGUUAGACCUUGUGCAUCGGUGUUAUUUCGCUGGUAGAGAUGCGGCGGAUGACGCUGAAGGCGAGAUUGGCGCUGACGGAGGGGCUCGACAUCCGAGGCAUGGACGGGUUUGGAAGCAUGCGACUGUCUGCUUCGUAGAUACUGGAGCGGCCUACGGCGUCGCGCCAGAUUUCCAGCCUCAAAUCAAAUCCGUGCUCUCCGCCUACCCGGAGUUCGAAUUCAUCCCAAUCUCCCUUGAAGAUGCAUUCGAUCCGGCGUGGUGGAACAGUGUACACGGUGAUAUUCCUCACAAUGAUUUAGGCAUCGAUAUCAACGACGAAGCCUUACCCUGUGUACCGACAUCUUCUGGUUCUCCUCGGGAUCGACUAAAUGUCUUUUUGAACUCGAUGCCGACGCCUACUGCUCGAAUGGCAAUGGUAUCAACUUUGGUCCGGAUUCUCCUCUUGUAUACAGCCCACUCCCGAGGGUCAUCCCAUCUGCUUCUGGGCAACUCUUCGACUUCCCUAUCCAUCGGCCUCAUAAGUGGCAUCGCCCAAGGAGGCGGAUUUGCGAUCAAUGCGGAACUUUACGAAGAGUGGGAGCCAUCAGAAAUCGUCGCGAAACCCCAGGACAGCUCUGUGAACGUCGAGGGCGAACAUGUCGCAGGAGCUGGACAUCGGCGCAAGGCACGCGCAACUUGGACCGGAUCUGUUCGAAUGGUACGGCCGCUGUCAGACAUCUCGAUGAAAGAGUGUGGCAUGUACAGUUGGUGGCGGAACUUGAACGUCCUCAUUAGCGACGAUAUUCCAAUGGGUAGAUUCGUUCAUGAGGGAUCCAACGUGAACAAGAGCAUCGGUGGGCUGACGCGAGAUUUCAUCAUAGGAUUAGAAAGGGACUAUCCGUCCACCGUCUCUACGAUUGCUCGGACUUGUGGGAAGCUCGCUCCGAAGACGCAGCCCGGCACAUUGUAUCGGUGCUGCAUAUGCGAAAGAUUGUCUCCACCCACGGUUCAGGACUGGAAGGCGCGGAUAUCGAUAAGGGAUCUGUCCAACGGCAAGAGGAGUUCUCGCUCCAGUGUUCAUCCAGCACCUGGACAUUCUACACCCGGAAAUGCUUCGAUAAGUUUGGCGGAUCACGUUUGCUACGCUUGUCACACCGCAUGCACGAGCAAGAGCAGCAAGUCCGGGCUUUCGACGGCGGGCGCGGCGGCGAUUCAUCUGCCGCUGUGGACGCGAUGCCACGUUGACGCUAUGUUGCGUGGAUGCACGACUGCGCCUGUCAAGGCUGCUGAAGCCUUAGGAGACCGCGAGGAGCAUCGUGAGGUCUGGGAGAACAAGCUAAUGGAACGCGAGGACAUGCAUGCCCUAGUGCAAGCAUUCCUACUGCCGGAGGAAUAAGCAAUGGUGCAUUACAUAUAAGUAUCAUCCGAAAUGUAGUAGGAAGUCAUCCUUAGUACCGAUCCGAUGGUCAGUCGAGGCCUGCGUUGUCCUGUGUAUCUUUACGUGCGCCAGCAGCACUUGCCAUCAAUCAUGGCAUCGCGGUU